AUCGUUGCCCGGCACUGGCUUCUCCACGACGAGGAAAAAGAAUGCUUACCAGACGACACUGCAUUGCUGGUCUCCUUUCAGUCACGUAACUGCGCUUUGGUGGCGGCUAUAAAGUUGUGUGUAGCCCCGGCGGAUGAUCAUUACCUGGGGAAGAAGGAAAAGCCAACACACUCUCCUCGACCCGUAUACAUCUCAUUCGCUUCCCUGAUAUUGGUAGAAGAUGCAAGGCGGAGUGCUUGCCGGCCUGUGUGUGGCGCUGGUGGCGGUGUGUGUGCACGUGCCCAAGCCGUGCGAGGCAUAUAUGGAGUUGGUGGCUCCCAUGCUGAAGAAACUCACAGCGCAGUGGAAUGAUGAGGAAAUGAAUCUGCUGGACCACAACUGCCACUACCAAAGCACCCUCACAGGCUCUGGUGCCACGCAGUACCACUAUGGCAAGUUCUCCUGUCCCGGGCUGGCGAACUUCACCGGCUUGUCGAAGGCGAAGAACAAGUUUGAGUCAAUGGUGGCUGCUGUUAAGGACUUCCUGCUUCGGGCCUUCAAACUACGAUUCAUAAAACAGCAGGACGCGGUUGCCUGGCUGGGUACUAAGUGUUUGAAAGGGAGAUGUAAAGAGUGAGGGAGGCAGAGACGAGGAGGAGGAGGAGGAGGAGGAGGAGGAGGAGGAGGAGGAGGAGGAGGAAGAGGAGCUGAGCGAAGAAGAGGAGGAGGAUGAGAAGGAGAAGGAAGAGGAAGAGGAGGAAAAGACAGUGUUUAUGUUUGCGGCGCACCAUCUGAUCUGUGUCUUGUGUUUCAUAAAUAAGAAUGGUUGAUGAGAAUUAAGUUAUAGAAGAUGUUUGUCUGAUUACAUUUUCAUUGCCAAGGAAAAAUGAAAUAAAAAAAAUGGAUACAUACAA